AUGUUCCCUUUAAUCGAGGACGAAGGCCGCACCGAAUACCCCUUCCCCCCUGUACCGCCGACCGCUAUGGACGCCGUUGAGCCGUCUUCGUCCUCGAGCGACACGCUCCCUUCGGCGCCGUCGCGGAUAGGCUCGCGGAGCUCGCGGUCCUCGCCGGCGCCGGCGCAACACUUGCCGCGCGAACGGGACUACGCAUACGACCACGACCAUUCCUGGGCUGGCGCGAGCGGGAAGGCAAAGUUGCUCGCGCGGCUGAUGACGCGCUCGGAGCGCGACGCGAACCACUACCGGUCCAUGCUCAUGCUCGCGAACGAGCGACUCGAGCACGAGACGCGGCGCGCGGACGACGCGGAGCAGCGCGCCAUCGACACGCUGCAGCGCCUCCGACAGGCGCGUGACCAGAUCGCGCAGGCGCAUUCGGAUGUCUCGCGCGCGAACGAGGAGACGAGGCUGUGGAAGCUGCGUGUGGAAGAGGCGCAGAGGGAGAUAUCGCGGGCGCAGGAGAUCGUGGACAGGCUGGAACAGGAUAAACUGGACGCGGAGGCGGAGGCGGCGCGGGCAAGGACGCUCGCGAGGAAGCUGAAGGAAGAGAAGGUAAUUGCUAGGGCGAGGGAGGAGGGGCGUCAGCAGGGCUUCCAGGAAGGUCUUAGCAAGGGCAGGGAGAUGAACUAUUACGAAGCCCGGGCAGUUGGCAUUACGUCUCGGAACGAACCCGGGAGAUACACGCGACGCCCGGCGGUCGUCGAUGACAUGUCUGACGAAGAGGAGCAGGACGAAAACGCGACGGGAAGCGGGAGUCAGCCGGAAGAGAUCAUUCCCAUCACGCGUUCACCGCCGCCUCAGACAUGGAGGCCGCCUUCUCGCUCGGAGGAGACUAGGUCUACGAUGCGCAGUCCGCGGAGGGAGCCGACCAGCCCGAUCAGAGUGAGGAGUCCUCGCAUAGCCGCGCCUUCACCUGUCCAUCCCAGUGUACCACCACCCGCUACGACACCUAACCCAGUAUCCGUAUUGGACCCCAGUGUAGGCCGCUCGCGAUCCCGUCAGGACGAGGCGAUCAAUCCUAUCCCUAUACACAACGCAGUACCUUCACCUUCGCACCCACCCGUUGACAUCCCACCGGACAACUGGAUCCCGUAUAUGAGUAGUGACAACGUGAUUGAACUCCCACCACCGCAUGAGAUGACGAAACCGUUGACGCCUCGCGCCUCCUCCUCCUCCCUGAUCGAGGCGACCAUGCGCGUACCUGCGUCCUCAGCUACAACCUAUGAACAACCCGUCCGCGCGCGGGACUACGCGUACACAGCUGGUGCAGGACCUUCUCAGCCUUACGGGUCAGCCUUCUCGCCUCUAUCAAAGGCCUCCACCGCGAUCUCUCAAUAUGAAAUUGUUAGCUCGCGCGGAGACCGGCAGCGGUCAGCAAGCCACGGCCGAUCUCCUUCCGACAUGCUUGCUGGCCUGAGGGACAUGAUCAGCUCACCAAGCGGGCGCAAGACUCCAGCAAGACAAGCGCGAGAGGACUCACCCAGGGGACCUCGUCCAAAGGAAGAGCCAUUCAUGGAAGCCUCUCACCCUACUCCGGCGCGUCCCGAGACUCCAGGACGAAUGGAUUCGACGUCUGGUAGCAAACCUAGCACCCUGGACAGAUUAUUCAGGAAGAAGUGGAAAAAUCGAACAUCUACCAGCAGCGGAGUACCGGACAUCCAAGUCGAGUCUCCGUCGACGAAGGAUGUGUCACCAGCAUCCUCUGGGGGCACCCUCUCCCAGCCUCACAUGCUGAGCCCGGAGACGUCCCACACGGAUCUCCCAAGUCUGGAAGUCGUGCACAACUACAUCGAUCCAGCGUUGAUGGUGAGCAAGGACAGACGAGGCCUUCCGCCCUUGCCCGAGGCCUCCAUUCCGCCAGAGGGGCAUCUACCUCCUGGCUUUGUGCCCCUUACCCCACCCGUACCGCAGCCUCCGGUCAUUCCAGCCAUGAGCAGGUCGGGUACUCCCUACGCGCCCACCUAUUCGGACAUGGACCAGAGCUCUUCGUCCAGGACCGAUUCCACGCGGUCACGGACCACCAGCAGUUCACGCAGAUCCGGGACGCCGAAGCCUGCGACACCCAAACCUCGUUCUGGGCCGAUGUACGAGGAGGCACCACUUCCGCCAGGCGUAGUCUACCCCGCCCCGCCGGGGAGGCGUCCGACACCGGGCGCUGUCACCGGCACACCGCUUCCACCGUCGCCUCCGCGCUCGACGACGCCCAGAGGAAGAAAAGGGAGCUUAUCGGCGGCACUAUCUCCCCUCUCGAUACCGCAGCUACUCUCGCCUCUACCUCUGUGA